ACACCAAAAAUUAACCUGAAAUUCAGCCUCAAGGAAAUCCAGUUUCCAUUGCUGGUUUUAAUUUACUUUUUCUGUGGUGGUUUGUUAAUAAUAGUUCUGACCUUUAGGGCAAGGUGAACACAUGGUUGGCCUGAAGAGAAAAGGCUCUGUGUGGCUCAGGAACUUCUUUGGCAAGUACAACAGCUGAUGUUUCAACAGAGCACACUUCCCUUUUUACCAAGGGUACUUUCCCAGUCUUCCCAGGGAACCAAGAAGGCCUCCAGGCUCCCUCUUUAAGGCCACCCACUGGCCUUGCUUUGGGGCUCUAAAUACAAGAGACCUGCAAGUUGGAUAAUUAGCAAUGGAAGAUAAAACCUCUAGGAGAACAGUGUUUAAUUUAGGCCAGUAUCGGCGAGAGGCAUUAAGCUACAAGAACUAUGAAUUCUUUCUCCCAGACAACAUGGAAGCCCUACUUAUCAGGAAGCAAUGUGCUCUGGCAGCACUGAAGGAUGUCCAUCACUAUCUCAGCCAUGAUGAAGGUCAUGUUGCGGUUUUUGAUGCCACCAACACUACUAGAGAAAGACGGUCAUUGAUUCUGCAAUUUGCUAAAGAACAUGGUUACAAGGUCUUUUUCAUUGAGUCCAUCUGUAAUGACCCUGGCAUCAUUGCAGAAAACAUCAGGCAAGUAAAACUUGGCAGCCCUGAUUACAUAGACUGCGACCGGGAAAAAGUUCUGGAAGACUUUCUAAAGAGAAUCCAGUGCUAUGAAGUCAACUACCAACCCUUGGAUGAUGAACUGGACAGCCAACUGUCAUACAUCAAGAUCUUCGACGUGGGAACGCGCUACAUGGUGAACCGAGUUCAGGACCACAUUCAGAGUCGUACAGUCUACUAUCUCAUGAACAUCCAUGUCACACCCCGCUCCAUCUACCUAUGUCGACAUGGUGAGAGUGAACUCAACCUCAGAGGCCGAAUUGGAGGUGACUCUGGCCUCUCAGCUCGGGGCAAGCAGUAUGCCUAUGCCCUGGCCAACUUCAUUCAAUCCCAAGGCAUCAGUUCCCUGAAAGUAUGGACAAGCCACAUGAAGAGAACUAUCCAGACAGCUGAGGCUCUGGGUGUCCCCUAUGAGCAAUGGAAGGCCCUGAAUGAGAUUGAUGCGGGUGUCUGUGAGGAGAUGACCUAUGAAGAAAUUCAGGAAAACUACCCUGAAGAAUUUGCACUACGAGAUCAAGACAAAUAUCGCUACCGCUAUCCCAAAGGAGAGUCUUAUGAGGAUCUGGUUCAGCGUUUGGAACCAGUUAUAAUGGAACUAGAACGACAGGAAAAUGUACUGGUGAUCUGCCAUCAGGCUGUCAUGCGGUGCCUCUUGGCCUACUUCCUGGAUAAGAGCUCAGAUGAGCUACCAUAUCUCAAAUGCCCUCUUCAUACAGUGCUAAAACUCACACCUGUGGCUUACGGUUGCAAUGUGGAGUCCAUCUACCUGAAUGUGGAGGCUGUAAACACACACCGGGAGAAGCCUGAGAAUGUGGACAUCACCCGGGAACCAGAUGAAGCCCUGGAUACUGUCCCUGCCCACUACUGAGCCCUUUCCA